ACUGCAGAGGCGGGCUGGCAGGGUGGGCGGGAGCGGAGGAUGUACAGCUCCAGGCGCUUGGCGCCGGCCGCCCAGUCGCCGCGGUGGCUGCCGGGAUACGCCGCAGCGAAUGGUCGCGCCGAGCGCCGCUCUGAGUGACCUUUCACCCGCGCCCAGCGGUCCCAGACGGCGGCACAAGGCGGAAGCCAUGGCGGAGGCGGCGGCUGCAGCCGGCGAGACGGGCGCGAGCUCAGGCUCAGGCUCAGGCUCCACAGGGGACCUUGAUCGGGACCCGGACCGGGACCGUGCGGGGCGGAGGCUGCGUGUUCUGUCGGGCCAUCUGCUGGGCCGGCCCCAGGAGGGUCUGAGUACCAAUGAGUGCAAAGCGCGGAGAGCCGCGUCUCCAGCCACGGCGGCGCCCACGGCCACUCCCGCCGCGCAGGAGUCGGGCACCAUCCCCAAGAAGCGGCAAGAAAUUUUGAAAUGGAAUGGAUGGGGAUAUAAUGAUUCCAAGCUCGUCCUCAAUAAGAAAGGUCAUGUUGAGUUGACUGGGAAAAGGUACCUUCUUAGUGGCAUGGCUUUACCAAGUUUUAGAGAAUGGGUCCAGAAUACCCUUGGAGUAAAUGUGGAGCAUAAAACUACCUCUAAAGCAUCCUUAAAUCCUAGUGAUACACCUCCUUCUAUUGUAAAUGAAGAUUUUCUUCGUGAGCUUAAAGAAACUACUAUUUCAUAUUCACAAGAAGCAGAUGAUCGAGUAUUUAGAGCUCAUGGUCAUUGUCUUCAUGAGAUAUUUUUGCUCAGGGAAGGAAUUUUUCAUCGCAUUCCUGAUAUAGUUAUAUGGCCAACAUGUCAUGAUGAUGUAGUUAAGAUUGUGAAUCUAGCUUGCAAAUAUAACCUUUGUAUCAUACCAAUUGGGGGAGGAACAAGUGUCUCCUAUGGCCUGAUGUGUCCUGCAGAUGAAACAAGAACGAUCAUUUCUUUGGACACUUCACAAAUGAAUCGAAUCCUCUGGGUUGAUGAGCACAAUCUGACAGCUCAUGUAGAGGCUGGCAUAACAGGACAAGAGUUGGAAAGACAGCUUAAAGAAAGUGGUUAUUGUACAGGUCAUGAACCAGAUUCCAUGGAAUUCAGCACUGUGGGAGGAUGGGUGUCUACUCGGGCAUCAGGCAUGAAGAAGAAUAUCUAUGGCAAUAUUGAAGACCUGGUGGUUCAUAUAAAAAUGGUAACACCUAGAGGUAUAAUAGAAAAAAGCUGUCAAGGACCUCGUAUGUCAACAGGCCCUGAUAUCCAUCACUUCAUCAUGGGAUCUGAAGGAACUCUUGGUGUGAUAACAGAAGCUACAAUAAAAAUCAGACCACUCCCUGAAUAUCAAAAGUUUGGCUCAGUAGCUUUCCCUAAUUUUGAACAAGGAGUAGCCUGUUUAAGGGAAAUUGCAAAACAGAGAUGUGCUCCUGCAUCUAUUCGCCUCAUGGAUAACCAGCAGUUUCAGUUUGGUCAUGCUCUUAAACCUCAGGUUUCCUCUAUUUUUACAUCAUUUUUGGAUGGAUUAAAAAAGUUUUAUAUUACAAAGUUUAAAGGAUUUGAUCCAAGUCAGAUCAGUGUCGCUACAUUACUGUUUGAGGGGGACCGUGAGAAGGUUCUUCAGCAUGAAAAACAAGUGUAUGACAUUGCUGCAAAAUUUGGUGGAUUGGCAGCUGGAGAAGAUAAUGGACAAAGAGGUUAUUUGCUGACCUAUGUCAUUGCAUACAUUCGAGACUUCGGUUUAGAAUACUAUAUAUUAGGAGAAUCUUUUGAGACUUCCGCUCCUUGGGACAGGGUUGUAGAUCUCUGUAGAAAUGUAAAAGAAAGAAUAAUAAGGGAAUGCAAAGAGAAGGGUGUUCAGUUUGCUCCUCUUUCUACAUGCAGGGUGACUCAGACUUACGACGCUGGUGCAUGUAUCUAUUUCUACUUUGCCUUUAACUACAGGGGAAUAAGUGACCCACUGACUGUGUUUGAACAGACCGAGGCAGCUGCUAGAGAAGAAAUCCUCGAUAACGGAGGGAGCCUGUCACAUCACCAUGGAGUGGGCAAGUUACGGAAGCAAUGGCUAAAGGAAAGUAUCUCUGAUGUCGGCUUUGGGAUGCUGAAGUCUGUCAAGGAAUAUGUGGACCCCAAUAAUAUCUUUGGAAACAGGAACCUUUUAUAAAUCCAGUACUGUUGUUAUGAAAAAAGUCACUUUUUUUUUAAGUCUUCAACUAUUGUUAUGCCAGUAAUCAUAUAUAUCAUGGACUAUAUCUCAGCUGCAUUUGUUUGUUGGUUUAACAUGUUUGUUUCAUUCUGUAGUUUGUUUUGUUUCUGCAUUUAUGGAUGGACAGAUGGUAUUCCAAAGUCUCUCUCAUUUCACUGUCAUUUCAAAUUUCAGGCAGCAUAAGUCUGCCAGUUGUUACUGUGGAGGAAGAUGCUGCCAGCUGUUUUGUAUUGACGUUUCCUCUUGGGAACAAAGGUGGAUUUUGGUGUCACCUAUUGCUUAUCCAGACUCUUUUUAAAAACAUCUCCGAGAAGCAGAUAUUUUGGGGAGGAUUCCACUGAGGAGCGAUACACGUGGGGUUCAGGGCGCAUUCCAGUGUGAAUCGGCCACUAAGGGAGGGGACUCAUGAAACAGUAUUGGCCGCCUGUUACUUAGGAUGUUUUCAGUUCUGUAAGGUGCUUGGCCUACCCUUUUUUUUAUUUUUUGAAAUUAGUGUACAGUUGUAAAACUUGGAAUCAUCAAUAUACAAAAUAAUUCUGUUUGGGGACACAUUUUUGUUCUCCAUGUUUCUGUUUCUGCUGAAGUCUGAGUUGUAUUUGUAUCACUGAGAUAACCUAUUGUUAUAUUCUAUUUCAUUCAUAAUAGGUUUUAUAAGAAGCUGAUUUAUAUUACUCAGUGUUUGUGAAGAACAGGUUUACCAUGAAAUGAAUGCCUUUAUUCAGCUCAGACCCCUAGUGUGCAUGGUUGCACACGUGUCGCUGAGACGCAGGAGCUGCAACAGGCGGGAAGGAAGACUGCUCACACUUGGUGUCUGCAGCCGGAAGCUUGUUUGGCGAGAGAAACACAGUCACCUCUCAGCUAUUGAAUUUGAAAGCUUCAGCAAUUUCGACGAUAAAAAUUAAAAUCUUUUUAAAAAAAUUAACCCAAACAACAUGAUAAAUUUUCAUAUAAAAGUAAAGUUUCAGUUUAGUUUUUAAUAAUGGCUUAACACCUCUUUUGAAUUACUGGUUGGUUUAACCUAAACUUUAAAAAACCUGUAAUGUAUUAAUAUACAUAGCAUAAUCAAAAGUUUGAAAUAUCAUAUUUCUUAAAUAAUGAGAACAUUAGUCACAUUUAGCAUACAUUUUUACAUUCAAAUCUGGAUGCUAAAAUAAGUGAAAGGGUUACUUUGAAUCACUGUCAAGGCUUAUGACUCACAUUUUGAGAUGGAUUCUUUUUUUAAUGCAAUACCUAACUUUUGAUAAUUUUUUUAAAUUAAUAUUUGAUCAGUAGGUUACAAUGCAGAUGAUCCUAUAAAAGGACACACUGUCUGUCUAUGUAGCAGCAGCUCCAGAGUAUUUUGGGGCAGUUUGAUACCUUUUAUAUGUGAAGAUAGCCUUAACCAGAGAAGUAAAAAUUUAAAGUUGACAAAAUGGUAUUUUUAAGACUUCAAAAUGAUAAAUGAUUUUAAUUAAUAAAAUUGGCCUCAGACUAAUAAACAAAUCUGUAAACAAAUCAAAAUUAAAUAUUAGUUUAACAACAAAAACUAAAUAUUGAUUUAUUAGAAGCUGCCUCUCCACAUUGGUGAUUUAUUUUUAAUUACAAAAUUUCCAGCAGAUCUGUGCUUAAAGACCUUGAUAUUUGAAAUAGGUGGAUACUUGAUGAGGAAAUUAUACUUGCCUCUAUAAUGAUAAAAAUCUCAGCUUUAUAAAAUGCAUCUAUUCAUGAAAGUGAUUUCUCUAAUUGGUGAUCAAAAUGUAAAAUUUUAAUAUGGUACUAAUAUCUCACUGGAGUGUAUACAUGUUUCUGAGUAAUUUUUUAAAAAUAAAACUUACAGAUUCAUAAGCAGA